AUGGACAAAGGGUGGACUAGUUUACCAAGACAUACUGAGGGUUACCAACAUGGUGUUAAUUCAUUUUUGGAUUUUGCCUUUUCUAAAGGUAGACCACAAGGACAAGAAAUUCUUUGUCCUUGUUCUAUAUGUAAUAACUUUAGUUGGGGGCGAAGGGAUGAAGUUUAUGAUCAUUUAAUAAGUAAGGGAUUUCAAAAAAGUUACACUGUGUGGGUUCAUCACGGCGAAAGGAUAAGUCGCAUGGAUAGUGAAACCGAUGAGAGUGAAGUCCAUGAAGGACUUGUCGACGACAUUCAUGGGCUGCUAAACGAGACAUUUCGGCAUGUGCUUGAAGGAGAUAAAGAUGGUGAUGGGCCAAACGAAGAUGCAAAAAAGUUUUAUAACUUGCUUGAAGAAGGAAAACAAGAGUUAUAUCCUGGCUGUAAAAAAUUUUUGACAUUAUCAUUCGUUAUCCGAUUGUAUUUGUUGAAGACUCUUAAUGGUUGGAGCAACGCAUCCUUUACUGCUCUUCUUGAGUUACUGAAAGAAGCGAUUCCUCAUUUGAAUAUUCCUGAUUCUUUCAAUAAAAUCAAGGCCAUGGUAAAAGAUUUAGGACUUGGUUAUAAUAAAAUUCAUGCUUGUCCCAACGAUUGUGUUCUGUUCCGGGAUACAUAUGAAGAUGAAGAAUUUUGUCCUAUUUGUGGAGCUUCCAGGUACAUAGAAAAUGUUGAGGUAGAUAUAGAAGUUGAUAAGUUGAAGAAAAAACCUGUGCCUGCAAAGGUCUUGAGGCAUUUUCCCCUGAUUCCAAGGCUUAAGAAGCUGUUCAUGUGUUCAAAAAUAGCUGAAUCACUAAGGUGGCACGAUGAACAUCGUUCAAAGGAUGGAAAGUUAAGACACCCAGCUGAUGGCCAAUCAUGGAAAGACUUUGACAGGCUUCAUCCCGAUUUUGCUGAAGAAUCUCGUAACAUAAGAUUAGGGCUAGCUAGCGAUGGAUUUAAUCCAUUUAGAACCAUGAGCAUCUCCCAUAGUACAUGGCCGGUAGUUUUAGUCGCAUACAAUCUUCCUCCAUGGUGUUGCAUGAAACCAGAGUAUGUCAUGAUGUCCUUGCUCAUCCCUGGACCAUGUUCGCCUGGAAAAAGCAUUGAUGUGUAUCUUCAGCCAUUAAUUGAAGAGUUGAAGGUUUUAUGGGAAGUUGGAGUGGAAACAUAUGAUGCUUCAAAGAAUAAAACUUUUCAACUACAUGCAGCACUUUUAUGGACCAUAAGUGACUUUCCAGCUUAUGUUAUGUUAUCCGGUUGGAGCACAAAGGGAAAGUUAGCAUGUCCUUGCUGUAAUUAUGACACCUCCUCUUGUUAUUUAAAACAUAGCCGGAAGAUGUGCUACAUGGAUCACCGUAUAUUUUUGGGUAUGGAUCAUCCAUAUAGGAUGGAUAAAAGAUCUUUCAAUGGCAAUGUUGAAUUGAGGUCUUCACCAGCUUUAUUAGAUGGGGAACAAAUUUUUGAAGAUUUGAAAGAUUUAGUAGUUCCUCUAAUAUUUCUCGUAAACGAGUUGAGGUUGGGUGGCCCAGUUCAAUUUAGGUGGAUGUACCCCAUCGAGAGAUAUCUGUGUAGGUUAAAGUCCUACGUUCGCAAUAAGAGCCGCCCCGAAGGUUCAAUUGCUGAAGGAUAUUUAGCCGAGGAAUGCUUGACAUUUUGCUCAAGAGAGUAUGAGGAACAUGUCAACAAUCAAACUAAAGGUAGAAAAUGGAAGAAGGCAAAAACUCUAAGCCAUGAUUUUAGUGAAUGGUUCAAAGAGCGUGCUUCUCAUGAAGAUGUUCCGAAACAACUUAAAGAUUUGUCUAGAGGCCCAAACACAGUUGCAAAACGAUUUUCUAGUUAUGUAAUCAAUGGCUACAAAUUUUAA